AUGGAAUUCUUAAAAACUGAUUUUAAAAACUGGAUAGUCAAAAAAUGCGAAAACUCCAUGCAAGGCGUCAGUUUGAAUUUCUAUGAACUUAUUCAUACACCUCAUGGCUUUGAUGCACUACAGAGCUGAUUUCUUACAAUGGGCGGAAGCGAGCUUGAUGAAUAUGCAUUUUUCAAAUUAAUGAAACUUGUAGUUAAUGAAAUGACUGAGCCUGAAGCUUGAGAAACUUUUGAUACCCUGUGCCAAGAGCCAACAAUAACACUUAAAGAAUUUUUAAUGCUGGUUUUUCUAUAUGCGUCUCUUGAAACAAAACAGAUGAAGGUUAUGCUUUAUAUGCAUGGGAAAAUGCUAUAUCAAUUAUUAGCUGGCUCUGAAAGACACGAAAUCUCCUUCGAAAGAGUAAAAAGAAUUGGCAGAUUAAUAAAGCUUAAUGAGAGAUAUUUAAUCCAAAAAGGCAGAGAACUUGGGAUUUCAUGACCAAUGAAAUCAUCAUUAACGUUUGAACAAUUCCAAUUAUUUUAUUUUGAUAUUUUCAGCGAAUUAGACUAUACAGAAGUAGUGCAGCAGCAAGAGCCAAAGCCAGAGCCUGUUGUUGUAGUAUCAGCUGCUAAGCCUCCUCUGCCUGUUGCUGUCAAAAAACGUACUACAAAAUGUGCGUCCUGCCAAUCUAAACACUGCAUGCUGCUAUUCUUUUUUAUUUUUUUUUUUUAAAAAAAAUUAUUUAAUAAUUAAGUACUUUUUUAUAGAGAAAAUAAUUUUUAAAAAUUUUUUUUUAAUUUUUGAAAAAUCAAUUUAAUUUAGAAUAUAA